AUGGAGUUAUCGGAAUUGAUCGAAGUGACACGGGUUCGCGAUGCCUUUAUGCGCAAGGGACCGAGACCCUCUCAAAUAGGCGACAUUUGCAUAUUCGGUGAGUGGAUCGUUCUUUUUUUUAUCAAAAUUUUAUAUUUUUGAGGUCACCACUUGAUAUUCGCACCCACAAACACGGGCAAAGAGGCGGCGGACAACUCGGAGGAGUUCUGGCUCCUGCACAAGGCCGUCGAUCGCGUGCUCUGUGAGCCCAUCUCAAAAGAGAACCCGCACAGAGGAGGACUGCUGGCUCUCAAGUGCAAAAACUUUCUGAUCAUCAUUUUUGAAAUCGGAGACUUGGAUAUAUGCAGGGCCACAGCAAGAACAAUUGAGGCUCUUUCCAAUAUCAGUGAGUUAAUUGAAUUUCAAUAAAAUUGCAAUUGUUUUGAUUUCAGAUGGCUUCGUGCACGACUACGCCUUAUUCUACAACUCGCCGUUCACAAUUCUCGAUGACGGGUGGUCGGCAUUCGAUCCGGAGCAGGAGUUCGCUAGGCUCAUGACCUCCACAGACGCUUUCCGCAUUUCCAGUGUUAAUGAGAACUUUUCCGUCUGUCCCUCAUACCCCGAAAAGCUGAUUGUGCCGAAAGGGAUCGGAGACGACUACCUGAAGAUUUCGGCCACUUUCAGAGAAGGCGGCCGCUUCCCCGUGCUCAGUUACUUUCACAAAGAGACCCGCUCUCCGUUGGUCAGAUGCUCGCAGCCACUCAUCGGACCCACGAAUCGAAGGUGCCGGGAGGACGAAACUAUUCUGAACUCGAUGAUCACUUUGAACCGCGGCUACAUCAUCGAUACACGGUCCAAAUCAUCAGCGACGGCAGCGAAGGCGAAGGGAGGUGGCGCCGAACCGCAAGGAAACUACCGGCAAUGGCGGUACAUUCAGUGUCCGAUUCCGAGGCAACGGGAGAUUCACGAUGCACUGACACGAAUGGUGGACGUGUGCUCCGAACGGAAGGUCUCUUCGGAUCGAUGGGUGGGCCGAGUGGGGCAGGCGGGAUGGCUGUCUGCCGUGGCAGCAUCGCUCGAAGCUGCUGCCAACGUGGCACAGUGCAUCUACAGCGAAGGAUUCAAGGAAGUUCCGGUCGUGAUUCAUGGAGGAGAUGGACUGGAUUCCACGCUCAUCGCUUCUUCACUUGCGCAGAUUCUUCUGGAUGCUGAUGCAAGGACGAUCAGAGGGUAUUGUUACAACAAAAACCUAAUACUACUUUAGAAUGAUAUCGCUUCAGGUUCGAGUCAGUGAUCGAAAGAGAAUGGAUUUGUGGAGGACACCCAUUCAGUGUCCGCAACAAUCACUGCGCCUUCGCCGAAGGAACGAUCACAGGACCCUUCGAGAGUCCCGUCUUCCUCGUUUUUCUCGACAGCGUCCAUCAGAUGAUCACUCAAUAUCCUCUAUCCUUCGAGUUCGACGAGCACUUCCUAAUCUUUCUAUUCGAGCACGCCUACGCGUCAGAGUUCGGAUCGUUCCUCGGAAAUUCGGAGAAAGAGAAGAAGGAGAAUGGAAUUCGAAAGAAGACGGUCUCGCUCUGGUCGCAUGUUCAUCAUCCUGAGAAUCUGAAACAAUUCGUGAACGCCUGCUAUGAUCCUACUCCGGGAGUCAUCUGGCCAUCCGUCGCUCCUCAGUCUAUUGUGAGUCCAUUACAUUUUCAAAAUUUAAGAGUCACAUGACCUUCUUUUAUGCCUUAAUUUAGGCAAGCGACUCCUAACUAGUUAGAAAUCAGGAAAAGUACACGUGAAAAAGCGAAACACGUCGAUUUUCAGCGCAUCUGGGACCGCCUGUUCUUCCGCUGGCAACGUCCCGAUAACAGUUGGUCCACUCCCGAAACGGAAACCAUCCAAAGCCUGGCAGAUCACUGGAAGUUGCGAGAGAAGGAGCUCACCGCGAAAGCCUCUUCCCUUCGCCGAAGUGUCGUUGAACUGUCGAGAGAACUCCGUAUUCAGUCGCCCAUCUAA